AACUUGAACGGAAUAUGCAAUAACUGAUGUAUUUCAUAAGUGUUAUCAAAGAUUAAAGGUUGAGUAUGGAUUCCAAAGUGAGUCCAUCUGUUAAAAGCACAUUUCACUUAAGAGAGAAAAUGCGGCUCCAUUUCCAACGUAGAUGUGACUAUAAAUGGCUAAAAAUGGAUUUACAGGCCAUUUUUUCACCACAUGGAUUAUCUGAUUUUUGGAAUGAGCUUGUUAAAGAAAGAGAAAUAAUGCUUCCUAAAGCAGUGUCUCCUCCUCGUAGCAGUUUAUCUGAUGUUUGUAAUUAUCCAGGAGAAUGUGGAUGUUGGUUGUGUGUAAAUAGUGACAGAGUAGCAAAUGCUCCUAAAGAGACUAGCUCACAGGAAUCAGAAUCAAAAGUUAUGCAUUCCAAAGAUUUUAUUAAAUCUUGGACAUGGGAUUCAGAAAUAAGUGUUGAUCAGUUGAAAGAAUGUUUAGAGCUUAUUCAAAAUGAAAAACAGCUGUUAGGUUGUGAAGCCUCCAGCUCCACCAUUUCUGCUACUCGUUUAAAGCAACGUCUUAUCGUCAUUCACCGAUAUUUUUCUGCGUGGCCUCAAAAGAAACAGACUUCAAAUGCUCAAGUGCCUCUUAACAAAGGACAAAGUUUAAGUUCUGAAGAGUCAAACAGUGUUUCCGAGGAGAAGCCAUUAGCAACACUUGCAAGAGUGGGGUGUACUAUUGCGAUGAGUUUUGCUUUCGCAUCGCUUCGUCGAGCUUGGAGAUCUGGAGAAGAUGCAGAUCUCUGCAGUGAACUUCUUUUAGAGACUCUAAAAGCUCUCAAGGCAUUACCAGAUGCUUCUUUAUUUGAUACUGGCUCUAUUUCAUCAGUUUGGUUAGAUACAGUUGAACGAGCUUCAGUGUUUUUAAGAUCUGUUGUUCUUGAUGAUUUUCCAGCUAAUCUUGAAAAUUCUAAAGGUUGUGUUGAGAUCCCUGCUGAUGAUAAACAGACUUCUCUAGCUAUACUUUUAGAGCUUGCCAUACAACAUGCAACUUUAAAUAAGAUUUUAGAUGUUAUAUUGCUACUUUUGAAAUUAUGGAAGAGUCAAUUAUGUGUAUUAGAUAAUAGGGUAGCUGAAUUUGGUACUUGUGCACCUCUGGUUCCCAUUCUGAAAAGGUUUCGUGCUGUUUUAAAUUAUAAACCCAAGCCCAUAGAAUUAAAUAUGUCAAAUGGAUUUCAAAAUGUUCUCAGUCCUACCGAAAUGUUUCUGCAUUUUAUGCCUAUUCCAGAAGAUGAUAGUCUUCUUGUUGACAUGCAGCAAGUUGCUGUAUAUAUGCUUUCUAAUUUAGAUUAUUAUUCUGUUACUCAUGCUCCUAUUCAAGAUCAAAUGGAUACUGGUCAAUUGUCUGAUGUAUUUGGUCUUGGUGAGCUAUUGUGGAAUUUUAAUGAACCAAGUUCAAAACUUAAUAGAUGUGAAGUUAUCCCAGAAUUGCAUGUCUCGCAGAUUCAUUUUAGUCAUACCUGUCUUCUAAUUUUGAAUAAAUUUGGAAAAGUGUAUACAGUAAAUGUUCCUGCAACUUCUGAGGUUCCCCUCUUAGUAAGUGGUUUUGAAGGGAAGGAAGUUAUUGAUAUUGCAACCAAUUUAGGAGCAAGACAUUAUUUAGCAUUAACUCGGGAUGGAGAUGUUUAUUCUUGGGGUAUUGGUGAUGGUGGUCGCUUGGGACAUGGGGAUCACAAAUCAUCACCAGUUCCUAUGCUAAUUCAAGAUUUAUGUGGUAAAAAUGUCAAGCGUAUUGCAUGUGGUCCAACAACAAGUGCUGCAAUAACUGCCUCUGGAGAUUUAUAUACAUGGGGACGUGGAAGGGCAGGAAAGUUGGGUCAUGGUACAUAUGAGGAUUGUCUUCGACCAACAUUAGUUUCAGCAUUUAAAGGCAUUAACAUGGCUGAUAUUUCAUUUUCAAGAGAUUCUCAGACUCUGGCUGUUAGUGAUUCAGGUAUUGUCUUUGCUUGGGGUGAUGAAGAAUCUCGCAAAGUAAACCGAAACAGUUGUGAGGAAAUUAAACCACCAAAAGUUGUGGAGAAAUUAAAUGGAAUCGAUAUUUGUCGAGUUUAUAGUGGAGUGGACAUUUGUAUUGCUUUGGCGAGAAAUGGAGAUGUGUAUACAUGGGGAAAAGGAGAUAAUAUUCGUUUAGGACAUCCAACUGAGGAAUAUGCACGGUUUCCAAAGUUAAUAGAAUCCUUGGCAUCGAAGAAAGUUAUUGACAUUUCUGUGGGACAUUGUCAUUGUGUUGCAAUUACCGAAGAUGGAGAUGUUUAUGGUUGGGGUCAGAACGAUAAUGGUCAGUUAGGUGAUUUUACUGGUCCAGAACCUGCAUUAAUUGCUUCCUUCAAAGGGAAGAAUGUUAGAGUUGCUUGUGGAGAUAAGCGGACACUUAUUUGGUGUACAGAUGAACCAAGCACAAUUAAGUUAAAGCUUCCAUAUAUAGUAGAUGUUUGUCCAACCACUUUCCAGCUGUUAGAUGAGCUCCUGAAAUUCAUUUUUGAUGGCCCUGAUGGUGGCUUUAUGAUAUCUUCAAGCUUGGAAAAAGAGUGCAUUGCAGUUUCCUGUUUAAACCUUCUGAAAUUACAGCUCUCUGCUGCUAUCAGCAAUAAACUUGAAAAUAGCAGUGUCGGUGAUGUUGAUUUGCUGCAAAGUUUGAAGCAACAAGUGAUUGAUCUUGCUGUAACACCUGGAGUUGCUUUACCUGUUCAAGCGGCUGCACAAAGUGUCUUACGAGUUGGAUGGGUUAUACUUCUUCCAACUGCUGAUGAAAGGGCAAAGGCUCUUUCUCUUCUUCUCUCUGGUUCUCAAAAUUCUGGAGGUAAUUCAGGCUGUCAUUUUAUGAUUGAUUUACUGGUUCACAGCUUAAUGGCCGAUGGAGGCUUGGAAUCAUCUCUAGCUACUGCAGUGAAAGUAGAGCUUGAAGAAAUAGAGUAUGCUGUUGUGGAUCAUGGUUUGAUGUUAGAAGAUAAAAAUAUUACUUCUGCAAGAACUGCAGAAUCAUUAAAUUCAACUCAAGCUCAAGACGAUACUAAUUUUGAUGAUGUUCUAGGAAAGUCGUGUGACAUUCCUAUUUUGUAUUUGUUAAAUCAACUUUUAAGGAAUGUAUCUAUGCAAACAUUGCUGAAACUUGAAAACAAUGUUCCAGAAACUAUGACAUCUUCAGCAAUCAAGUUUGAAAAACUUGAAAAGAUGGAAAAAUCUCCUUCUUUGAAUUUGCUUUUAAGAUUUCAAAGACUUUUAAUAUCUGAAUUCUAUGCAGCAAGAAGUAAUGAUCUGGAUUCUGAGAAAGAAAAAGAUGAUACUUGCAAGCAUUCCUUAACUCUGCGUUUGAAAGGUUUAGCUGCUUUUUUGCGAAAAUAUGCGUGCCUGUUAACCUCAUUUGUUUGUAAUGCUUUAUCUGAAGCCUCUUCUUUGGGAACAAGUGGCACAUAUCUGUUUGCAGUUGCUUCAUCAAUUUUAGAGAGUGAUAUCACAGGUGUGUUGCUUCCUGAAUUUUUGGUGUGUCUAGUCCAGUUGGAGAUAAUGUAUCCUAGUCUCAUUCAUGAAGCUCAGCUAAUCCCUGUAUUAUCUCAACUGUUAGAUCGUUUAGAUAAAUUCAACCAACUUGCCCCUGGUGUGGAUAAAGAAGAUACUGCAGAUCUUUUAUGGCAUGGAAUUCCUUCAUCCAAUUUGAGCCUGACAGCUAUGGUCCACUCCAAUGAUAAUUGCCCCAUUAUUUAUAAAACUGAUUUAGAAAAUCAUAACAAAGAUAAUGGAUUGUGGACUAUUAUUCAUGGAAAAGUGUACAACUUGCAAGAGUUUAAACAUCGAGCACCUUGUGGGUUAUUGAACCUGGAGCAAUAUGCAGGAAAAGAUGCAACUAAAGCUUUUGAGUCAACUAAACACAGUGAAGAAGCCAAGAAGCUAAUGAAAACAUUUUUUGUUGGAAAUUACUAUGACCCUGAUGCUGAGCUGUUUCAACGAGUUGAUUUUAGUAAUUACACUUCAUUGAUGACUGAUUGUGAGCGAACACUAGCAUACCUACUCGGAUUAGCCACUCGCAAUGAGGUCAUUGGUCCAGACUUGAAAACUUGUGAGAAUACUUAUGCCCAAUGGCUAUCUUCAACAGCAAUGAGAGGAGGCUUGCAGGUCUAUCAACCACCUAACCCUUUUGAAGAAGAAAAAGGAGAAGCACGAUCUGCUUCUACAGCUGUUUCUCCAGUAUCUGGUGCUACUCCUACUGAAGUACAUCUUCUGCCAGGUAUCUGUGAUAUGAAUGUGCCCACUGAUCCGAAGUUGUGUUUCCUGCAAAAUAUUGCUGAAAAUCGAUUAAAUGAGCCCUUAGUAAAAAAAUUCUUGAAUUUAACUCAGGAAUUUUCUCGAGAUCAUCACAUUUCUGUUCAUCUUAAUUUUCCUGCUGAUCAUCCUGUUGAGGAAGUUGGACGAUUGCUGAUUGCAGUACUUUUGAAGCACUUGGGACUUGGAGAAACAUGUGUAUCUCUGGCUGAGAAUACCAAUAGUGUAGUAUCUCCUUGUAUUGAACAUGUUUUGAGAAUUACUCAGCAGGCCAAAUAUUGUCUAAUUAAGGCUCGACAAGACAUCAACAGUUCCUACAAAGAAGUAUGCAGUCCUGUUUUAGAUAGAUGUCGAUUUUUGUUCUACGAAAUACGACCUGCUAUAAGUUCUGAAGUGAAAGCACUCUCUAAAUUAAGAUUUUACUCAGUUGCUCCGAAAUGGAAACAUGCCAUUCAUAAAUUAAUAAAAAAUAGGAGGCUUUCUAAAGUUGCUAAAGGAAAAUCCGAAAGUUCUCAAUCUGAAAAAGGAAAAGCAGGAGACAGUCGUUUAAUGUCACAGGUUUCUUCAUCUCCUAGUUCAUGCAUUACAAACUUUUUAGAACUGGAAACACUUGCAAAUGAAUUAGUUUCAUUUGUUCUUGAUAGUGAUAUUGAUGUGGAAGGCUUAAGGAAAGCAUUAUAUUGUCAGGUUGAGAGAGCAAAGGUGCGACAAAAAGGAUACAAUUCAUUGUUAGGAUUGGUUAAACGUGACAAAAUCAUUUCAUCAGUUAAAUAUUCCUUAUUGAGUGGUUGGCUGGGUCUUAUUGAAUUUGGAAGUAAGAAAAUAAAACAUAUUCCCCACUGUUUGGACAAUAUAAACAUGAUUCCUCCAUAUGACCGAAUCAUGGUAGAGACACAGUGUACUUCCUUUAUGACAUGGGCUAUUAAAGAGCUUCGUUCCUGUGUUUUGCAGCUUGAAAUGCACAGUUCAAAAUCAACCAUUUCUGUACAGGAAAAGUCAGGUGCUAAACAAAAGACCUCUUCCAUCCUUCAUAUUAAAGAAGCUGAAAUCAGAAAUGCUGAAAAAGCAGUUGAACUUUUCCCUUUGACUCGCUUUCCUCUUAUUUACAUUGGAUUGCUAUUUGGAGAUUUUCGAGCCUUGGAAACAGGAUUAGCUGUCAGCUCGGGUGUUUUCGCUCUAGUGCAGACAAUUUUAAGAAUAUUAGGUCCCAAACCAAAUAUUGAACAAGAUGAUCAAUCAUCGCAGGUCUAUGCAGUGUUGGAAGAAAACUUCAGGAAACAUAAAAUUCAUACUCCAUUGACAGGGCCAGAAUUAGCUGCAAUGAUGAAAAUCGGAACUCGGGUUGUCAAAGGAGCUGAUUGGAAAUGGGGAGAUCAGGAUGGGCCUCCACCUGGGGAAGGAACUGUUAUUGGAGAAUUAGGUGAAGAUGGUUGGAUUCGAGUUCAGUGGGAAACUGGAUCUACUAAUUCAUAUCGAAUGGGAAAAGAAGGGAAGUAUGAUUUGAAACUGGCUGAUCCAUUGCCUCUACCUCAGCAGGAAUCUUUGUCUGACUCAGAAGAGGAUGAUUCUUCUUCAGAUGUAUAUCAAGCAGGUCAGCCCGUUCUUCUUCUUCAUGAUUCCUGUCUUCUGCUUCUCAAAAAUUUGUCAUUAUAUAUGGGUUUAUUUGCUAACAACGUUCCUAAGCCAGCAGUUAAUUCCUUAGCAGGACUAUUGAGAUCAAUUCUCAAUACUAUUUAUGGAGACACUCAAACUCCCAGAAGUGCAGCCAAUUGGCUUUCACUCGAACAGCACAAAGAAUGGGCAUCUCUUAGUUUUAUACGAGCCACAGCAUGCUCUUCUGCUAUGUGCCAGGCUCUCAGUACACCGUCUUGGAUAAUUUUAUUAAUGAAAAUUAUUGCUGCCCCACAGCCUUUGACAGGAUCACAACUGAUUACAAAAGUGCAAGCUCUGAGAUUAUUGAAAACCAUACUUUCUACUUGGUCAUUAAGUUUUUCGGCAGACCGGUUCAGGCAUACUGUGGAACAGUUUUUUGAAUUUUUGGGCAUUGUGCUGCUUGCUUGUUACAGAGACCCUACUUUACAUCCAAUUGAAUAUCCCCAUAAAGGAAAGUGGGAAAUGCGACCUAAAGUAUCCUUAACAGCCUCUCAUUGCAGUACACUCGCUGAAGAAUAUGUCAGUGUUCUUCGGCAUUUGCACUCACUUCCAGCAUGGAGAAUAUAUAUUAGCCGCUUCAUUGCAGAAUAUCUACAUUUAUUCAUUGAAAUCUUCACUCAACCUUUAGAUUUGCAUGAUAUUAUAUUAAUGAGGAAGUACAGUCUAUGCUUAGCUGCCUUGGCGGUUCUUGGUGGAGUAGAUAAAAGAGUUCGUUUGGGUGGUUUAGUUUCCAGUGAUGAUGAAGAACCCAGUGCUGUUACAAAAAUAUCACCAAAUGGAAAAAUAUACUUGCAGUCUCAAGAUAAGAGAAAUUCUACCAAAAAGCUUUUAAGUCAAGUAACUGUAGUGCCUGCUUCCAAAUUCCAUUUAGAUGAUGAGCUCGCAUCUGACAAAAUGCUGGACGUUUGGGCUUCUUUAUUAGCCCUUGCUGUUGGGGAUGAGAGUUGCAUAGAAAAUAAAUGUAAAACUGAUCAACAACCAUCUAUUACUGUUACGUCAUCUGGUAUAAACAGGAGUUACCUGCAUCAACAAUAUUCCCAUCUAUAUCUGAUAAAAGCUGUCCGUGUGUUGUUUGGAAACCAGCGCUACUUCCACAAAGUGAUGAUUCGAACUCUUCGCUUGAAUUACGCCUCAAAUAAUUCCAUAGUCACCCUUCUUGCUGCUUCUCAGAAAGGAAAUGGAGAAUUUGUUGAUAAUCCUCUUCUACUUCAAUAUUUAAUGUCUGCAGCUAGCCAACCUUCUUUGUUAAAGCCUAUCUUUACAUGGGAGGAAAUUGAAGCUUCUGCUUUAGCUGUCUCACAGUAUCUACUGUCAGUAUCAACUCUACCUCCCACUUCACAUGUAAAAGAAAGUCGUGUGAGCAGUCCGUUAUCUGAACCCACUGGGAGCACAAUGAGUAUGGAUUCAGGUCAACUCCAUCCUGUUAUAAAUCCUGUUAGCAGACAGCGAAGAACGAGACCUAAAUAUCCUUCUGGAUAUUGUGCCACUGAUCCUCAAGAAAUCCAGCUUUUUACUGAAAUGGGGUUCUCCAGAAGGAAUAUUGAAAUGGCCUUUAGAGCCUUAGGUAGCUAUUUGAAUUCUGAGUUGGAUUUCUCUAGUAAGCUUGAAGUAGUGGUCAGCUGGCUUUUAGAACAUGAAGAUGAAAUUGCUGAUGUUUCAGAUGAUGAUAGUUCAACAUCUUUUGAGGCCUACACAGAUUCGGAUUCUUUUACGGCUGAUGAUGAAAAUGAUGCCAUGAAAGCAUUUUGUCCUAAAGUUGAGAAUGUAUUUUAUAAUCGAGGAGAUUUCCAUAAUGAACUGGAUUACAAUUUCUAUAUGGCUGAAAAUUUACAUCUGGGCAGUUUGGUUCGCUGCUGCAUGGAAUUUCAAGACAUCAAGAAAGGAGAUAUUGGUGUUGUAGUUCAUGCCGAUCCUGGAAGUUAUAAUGUGCGAGUUGAAUGGAAGCGUAUGGGUAAGACGUAUUGGAUGAGAUAUAAAUUUCUUGAAUUACUGCAUCCAUUGCUUCAAGUAGAUCAAUCAGCUGCUUCUAUGCAAUGUUGCCUUGAAGUUGGUGAUCAGGUUAGAGUGAAGUCAACUGUAAACACUCCCUUUUAUAAAUGGGGUAGCAUAACACAUGAAUCAAUAGGAAUAGUUAGAGGUUUCAGAUCUGAAGGGCAGAAAGUAAUAGUUGAUUUUCCUACUCAAAUGGGCUGGAAAGGUUUAACUUCAGAAUUGGAGAGGGUACCUGGAUCACCUAAUGUGAAUAUGAUAUGUGGUGGUUGUCAAACUUUAUUGUUGAGAAGGUCAUGGUAUAAAUGCAGAAUUUGUCCAAAUUUCAGUUUUUGCUCAAAAUGCUUCAAAUCUGAUCGUGUUCAUAUGCAUGAAUUAUAUGCUGUAAAAGAAUCAGAUCCUUGUCUAUCUAAGCCAGUGAGUGGGUUUAUUGAAGACUGGAGACGAUGUGUAAAGAAUGUAACAGUUUCUUCUAGAGAAAAUUUGGCUUAUCGUUUGACUGAUGGAUCCAAAUAUUUUUGGCAAAGUUCAGGAAAGCAGGGAAAACACUGGAUCAGAUUGGAAAUGCAUCCUGAUGUUUUGAUACAUCAUUUACACAUGCUUGUUGAUCCUUCUGAUUCAAGUUAUAUGCCAUCUUUAAUUGUUGUGAAUGGAGGACCUUCAUUGGCUAGCAUGAAGGAAUUGCAAACAAUUGUAGUUGGACAAAACAAUACCACUGUAAAUCUCCUGUGUGAACAGUCUGAGUACUAUCAGUUCAUUGAGAUAUGUAUCAAGCAGUGCCGUAGUGGUGGAAUCGAUUGCAGAGUUCAUGGAUUGACCAUUCUCGGAAGAAGAAAAACAGAAGCCGAUGACUCUGGAACUUUCCCAUAUUUGGCUUCAGAUGAAGAUGUAGAAGCUGACAAUGAUACCCAAGGCACAAGUGGUUUAAAAAGUACCACUGGAGAAAUGCUAAAAGAUUUUGAAACUAAGGUUUAUGUCUGGGGUUUAAAUGACAAAGAUCAACUUGGAGGAUUAAGAGGCUCUAAAAUCAAGCUUCCUGUUUUCUCAGAAACUUUGUCUGCUCUCAAACCUAUUGCUAUUGCUGGUGGAUCCAAAAGUUUGUUUAUAAUUACCCAAGAUGGAAAAGUGUAUGCAUGUGGGGAAGGCACCAAUGGUCGUUUGGGAUUGGGACAUUCAAAUAAUGUGUCAAUUCCUCGUCAGAUAACUACUUUAGGCAGUUUUGUUGUUCGGAAAGUUGCUGUUCAUUCUGGUGGUCGCCAUGCACUUGCUUUGACUGUAGAUGGAAAAGUAUUUUCUUGGGGUGAAGGUGAUGAUGGAAAACUUGGGCUUGGAAAUCGAGUGAGUUAUGAUCGACCCAGACUCAUCUUGGCUUUAAAAUCAAAGCGAAUCCGAGAUAUAGCUUGCGGAAGUGCUCAUAGUGCUGCCAUUAGCUCCUCUGGAGAGCUGUAUACAUGGGGCCUUGGUGAUUAUGGUCGACUUGGGCAUGGAGAUUUAGUAACUCAAAUGGAGCCUAAAAUGGUUAUGGCUUUUGCUGGCAAACGAGUGAAACAAGUGUCCUGUGGUAGUAGAGAUGCACAAACAUUGGCUAUCACUGAUGAUGAUAUGGUGUAUUCUUGGGGAGAUGGCGACUUUGGAAAACUUGGAAGAGGAGGCAGUGAAGGUUGUCGAGUACCAGAGAAUAUUGAAUCUUUAAAUGGGCUUGGUGUAAUCCAAGUUGAAUGUGGUGCUCAAUUUUCUUUAGCAUUGACGAAUUCUGGUCAAGUUUGGACAUGGGGUAAAGGUGAUUACUUCAGACUUGGUCACGGUGAAGAGGGCCACGUCAGAAAACCCCAGCUUAUUGAAGGCUUGCGAGGGAAAAAGAUUGUUCAUGUUGCAGUUGGUGCUUUGCAUUGUCUUGCAGUUACAGAUAGUGGACAGGUAUAUGCUUGGGGUGAUAAUGAUCAUGGACAACAGGGUAAUGGCACUACAACAGUUAACCGCAAACCAGCUCUAGUGCAAGGAUUAGAAGAUGUAAAAAUCACAAGAGUUGCAUGUGGUUCUUCUCAUAGUAUUGCUUGGACGACUGUAGAAGUACAAAGUCCCAGACUACAUGAUCCUGUCUUAUUUCCUGUUCCACGUGAUCCUCUUGGAGCCUUAGCAUUGGGCAGAAGUGAUUCCGCUGUACAAGAUGAUAUAGAAGCUAAUAUCAGUAAUAAAAUAUUCUUGGCCAAUUCUAAGCAUAUACAACGCCCUUCGCUUAUGAAGACGGUUUUAUCAUCUACAAAUGAUCAGGCCAGGCAACAAGCUCUUCAAAAUGUACUACAAGCCUUACAAAUUCACCUUGCAAGAGAGGCUGUAGUAUCUGCAUUUACACCUCAUACUGAUAUAUCCGAUGAGAUGUCUAUGUCUAUGUCUGUUAACAAAGAGAGCUCUCCCGCCUUGAAGCAAGAUGAUGUAGUGCCUUUUCCAGAUGCAGGGAAACUUAGUCUGGGUCGUAAAAUUAAAUCAAAUUCAUUUGCUAAAGCAGCAAAGAGUCCAAGUGAUGAAGAAGCGAAUUUAACUAGAGAGCUGUUUUCAGUAAAUUCACUAUCAAGUUCCAGUAGUUUUUCUUCCAAAGUUUCUCCGACAGCAGCUAGUGUUUUAGUUGCUACAUAUUCUUCUUGCGAACAAGUGUGUUCAAUAACAGAUGCAACUGAAUUAGAUGUAGAUGAAUUUACUAACUUACUAUCUUCAGACGAUGCACGUGUGUUGGUUGAUCUACUUAAAUUGGCUGUUGCAGGAAGGAUGAACGAUAAAGCAAAGGAUAUAAUAUCCUCAGUCUUGACUAAUUUGAGUAAAUCCAACCCUCAUGUUGCUGAGAUGAUUUUAGAGCUUUGUGUAACAGAAUUAGAGGAUGUGGCUACUGAAUUGUCAAGUCGCCGCCAUAUGCCUUUGCCUGUUGUUCAGGAGACACCCCAUCCCUAUCCAGAUAAUGUAACUCUAAGCAAUGUUGUAAAAAUUCCAGGUGCCGUUUAUCUAAGAGUAGAAUUUGAUCGCCAAUGCUCAACUGAACGUCGGCACGAUCCACUUACUAUCAUGGAUGGCACUGGAAAAAUAAUUGCAAUUAGAUCAGGUCGCGAAUGGCCCGAAUGGUGUGUGGACCUUCAUAUACCAGGAAACGAGCUGCGAUGGAAAUUUGUCAGUGAUGGAUCAGUAAAUGGUUGGGGCUGGCGUUUUACUGUAUAUCCAAUCAUGCCUCAAAAUAGCGACAAAGACAUGUCUGAUCGAUCUGUCAUGUCUGGACCUUCCAUUGAAUUGGUUACUUCACUUCUUGAGAAACAGAUUAAUUUUACUUCUGAUGUCAAUGCAUUAUCAAGACUUGCAGCUGCACUUGCAUCCUGUGCACAGCUGGGAGCACUUGCAUCUAGUCAUAGAAUGUGGGCAUUGAAUAAACUUCGCCAGCUGAAAUCUUCAGUAUUGGGAGAUAAAAUGAGUAUAGUCACAAUUAUGUCAGAAUCAUCUGAUGAUUCACCUAGUGAUACUCAGGUUAAUGUUAGUCAGCCUCUAUUUGGAGACGCACUUGUUAGUCUUGUAAGGGAUUUACCUGGAACAAUCUUGCGUCAGUAUGAAUACGAAGAUGCUAUAUUAAGAGCUGGUAAACACCUAAUGCAUAGUGAUUUCUUUAAGGUCCUUGUUGCAUUAGCCUGUGAUUUGAGUUUAGACAGCAUACCCUCGUGCAGUGAAAGUCAUAAAUGGUUAUGGUUUAGAAGAUACUGCAUGGCUUCUCGAGUGUCUACUUCAUUGAGUGAGAGAACUGCUCUUCCACCAGCUUUCUGUGAAGAAGUGAGGAGAAAGAUUCGAGAAAUGUGUUCAGAAGAUGAAGAGGUGACCGCUGAGCAUGAAGAUCAUAAAUUGUUUAAGCAGGAACAUGACGAGCAAUUAAUUUUGUGGGUGAACAGGAAACCGGAUGAGUGGGCUGUGUCCUGGGGUGGAAGUGGAACCAUCUACGGCUGGGGUCAUAAUCAUCGUGGUCAGCUAGGAGGAGUAGAAGGAGCAAAAGUAAAAUUACCAACUCCCUGUGAUGCUAUAACCAAUUUAAGGCCACUCCAGAUAGUAGGCGGAGAACAGACCUUGUUUAUCGUAACAACAGAAAUGAAGGUGUAUGCAACUGGCUAUGGAUCUGGUGGUCGACUGGGCAUUGGUGGAGCAGAUUCAGUCUCCACUCCCACACUGCUAGAAAGUAUCCAAGACAUUGCUAUCAAGAAAGUUGCUGUGAAUUCUGGUGGGAAGCAUUGUUUGGCACUUACUAUACACGGAGAAGUUUAUUCUUGGGGCGAAGGAGAUGAUGGGAAGUUAGGACAUGGCACCAGAAGCUCCUGUGAUCGUCCCCAGAAGAUAGAGAAUAUCAGUGACAAAGAAGUCAUUGAUAUCGCAUGUGGCGGAGCUCAUAGUGCAUGCAUUACAUCAACUGGAGAAUUGUUUACGUGGGGCAAAGGCCGAUAUGGACGAUUAGGCCAUGGCGACAGUGAAGAUCAGUUAAAACCGAAAAAAGUCGAACUUCUAGCCAAUUAUAAAGUCAUCGAUGUUGCUUGCGGAUCUGGCGAUGCCCAGACGUUAUGUAUCACUAGCGGUAACAUCGUAUGGUCAUGGGGUGAUGGCGACUAUGGAAAAUUGGGUCGAGGAGGCAGUGAUGGAUGCAAGAUCCCUGUAAGAAUUGAUGCCCUCACUGGCAUGGGAGUCAUAAAAGUAGAAUGUGGAUCUCAAUUCUCUGUUGCUUUGACAAAUUCUGGAAGUGUUUUCACUUGGGGCAAAGGAGAUUAUCACCGAUUAGGUCAUGGCACGGAUGACCAUGUUCGUCGACCAAAGAAGGUCACAUCAUUGCAUAAUAAGAAAGUUAUAUCAAUAGCUGUAGGCUCCUUGCACUGUGUUGUCUGUACUGAUGCAGGUGAAGUUUACACAUGGGGUGAUAAUGAUGAAGGUCAACUUGGUGAUGGCUCCACAAAUGCUAUUCAGAGACCGAGAUUAGUUUCUGCUCUCCAGGGUAAAAAGAUAAACAAAGUCGCAUGUGGAUCCGCUCAUACUGUGGCCUGGUCAACAUGCAAAACGAGCCAUACAGGUCGACUGCCCACAUUAAUUCCUCUAGAAUAUGAUUAUUUAAGGGACAUUUCAAUACCGGUGCUGAGAAAUCGAUACUGUUUACUGUACCAUUUUUCAGAAUUGUUUUGUUCUUCAAUAUCUAUGUUCGAUUUAGGGAAUGAUAAUCUUAGAGGGCUUCUGGUUUCCUCUGGGAAGGAAGCUGCAUUUAGAAAAGUACUUCAGGCUACUAUGAUAAGAGACCGACAGCAUGGGCCUGUUGUGGAAUUAAAUCGAAUGCAGGUUAAGAAAUCCCGCUCAAAAGGUGGCUUGGCUGGAGCAGAUGGCUCAAAAUCAGUUUUUGGACAGAUGGUAUCCAAUAUGAGUAUUAUGACACAAGAAAGUCUGCUCUUACCCCAUCGAAUAUGGAAAGUGAAAUUUAUUGGUGAGAGUGUUGAUGAUUGUGGAGGAGGUUAUAGUGAAUCCGUGGCUGAGAUGUGUGAUGAAUUACAAAAUGGAUCCUUGCCAUUGCUCAUUCUCACACCUAAUGGCAGAGAUGAUUCUGGUACAAACAAAGAUUGCUUUUUGUUCAACCCAGCUGCUAAAUCUAGUCUUCACAUGGAUAUGUUCCGAUUCUUGGGUAUGUUGAUGGGCAUUGCAAUGCGCACAGGAAGUCCUCUGAGUUUGAAUUUAGCAGAGCCUGUUUGGAAACAACUGACUGGAAUGGCCCUCACUCCAACUGAUCUAACUGAAGUUGAUAAAGAUUAUGUUGCAGGUCUUAUAAGUGUACGUUAUAUGGAACCUGAUACUGUGAGAAAAUUUGAUUUACCCUUCAGUACUCAUAGCACCACUGGAACUGAGGUCCCUCUCAGUUCAAAGUACUCCUCUGUCACACCAGAAAAUCGUAUAGAAUACAUUCGUCUUGCUUUAAGUUACAGAUUGCACGAAUUUGAUGAGCAAGUGUCUGCAGUACGUGAAGGAAUGUCAAAAGUUAUUCCUGUUCCACUUCUGUCCCUUUUUACUGGUAGUGAAUUGGAAACUAUGGUAUGUGGUAGUCCAGAAAUACCUAUUCAACUUUUGAAGUCAGUAGUCACAUAUAAAGGCAUUGAGCCGGACGCACCUCUUGUUCAGUGGUUUUGGGAUGUGAUGGAAGAGUUCAACAACACUGAACGAUCCUUGUUUUUGAGAUUUGUUUGGGGACGCACAAGAUUGCCGAGGACGAUUGCGGAUUUCCGGGGAAGAGAUUUCGUUUUGCAGGUAAUGGAGAAAUAUAACCCUCCAGACCACUUCUUACCAGAGAGUUAUACUUGUUUCUUCUUGCUCAAAAUGCCAAGGUAUUCCUGCAAGGUCGUGUUGAAAGAGAAACUAAAAUAUGCAAUUCACUUCUGUAAAUCUAUUGACACCGAUGACUAUGCAAGACUCAAUCAACCAAACUUAGAACAUAGUAUGGGUGCUAGUCCUUACAUUGAUAUUAGUGACAGUGAUGAUGAAAUUGAAUCUGGUUCAGAUGAUUCGAUUCCACUUCGUUCACCCCCUAGUGAGAGUGACCGAUGAGGGUCCGUGUGUGUAUAGACUCAUGUUUCAAUUUUUGAUUGCUGUGAUACAUUAUUAACAUUAAAAUAGUUGCACAUUAUUCGUUUUAUUUGCAAAUUUAUGACAAAUAUUAUGUACAUAUGAUUUCAUAUUAAGUAAAGAAAAAAAAAGGAUGAAGAGUUUUUUUUUUUUUUUUAAUUACAAAAUAUUUAUAUUUUAAAAUGUAUGCAAUAGUCAUUUGACUGUCACCAGAUUAUCAAUGUAAUUUAUUAAGGUCAUAAAAAGCAAGAGGACUGUUUUAACAAUUUCUGUGUUCGCCCUACAAAAGACAUCAAGUGUCUGAUAUAUUUCUAGAAUAUGUCUUCAAAGCUUAGAUCAAAAAUAAGGCUUUGAUUAUUAUAAGUUUAUCAUGAUUCAUUUUGUUAUUUUUCAUAUCCAUUGUCCAUGACUUUCAAAUACUAUUAAAGUAGCUAUAGUUAAGUUGAGUAGGAAGAAUAUUUUUAAUUGUGAGAUAUUUCAUGAAAUAUAUGGAUAUCUUUUUCUUUUUUCAUUAGAAUCAUUAAUCACAAGUAAUUUUUUAUUGCUUAAAUGUGUAGUCUGAUUAAGUGUUCUUUCAUUUAUUAGUUCUAAUAUGCCUAUCCAUUAAAGUGAUUCAAAUUCAUUGAUAUCGUUCUGCAGUUCAAAUGUCAUUUAGUUAUUAAAAGCAACUUUUUGCCUUAAAUAGCACACAUAUAUUAUACAACAUUGUAUGAUAUUACAUAUCAUCCACAAAAUUAUAUAAUAUUGUUAAAUAUUGAAUAAUAUAAUGCUACCCAAUAUUGUUCAAAAUUAUGCAACAGUUUGUGCUACCUGGAUAUUCAUAUAAAUAUUUUACAACAUACAUUCCAUUGUUUAAAUUAAUGAUUUUAUGAAUAAAUCAAAUGAAAUCUAUGGGGAAAAAAUUUAAAUGCUAUUGAUUUAAUCCUAUCUCAUUCUAAUUUGAUUUCCACAUAAUUAGGCAUCUAGAACCUUGUAAUCAACUUCAGAUAGUUCAAUAUAAAAUUAAAAUUGUGAUUUUUAGUGGGUCAUGUGUCUUUGUUGAUUAAGCAAAAAUUUAUAAAACUUUUAAAUCAGUGUUUCAGUUUUUUUAGCAAAUAUUCAUGAAAAUAAUAAGAUUUAAAUGGCAGCUUUCUUUGUUUUUGAAAAUUAAGCAAUGAAAAUUUUUAAGAUAAUUGUGAAUAUGAAAAUAUGUCCAGACUAAUAUCUUUUCCCCAUAUAUAUAAUUAUAUGGUGGAUGAUGUCAUACAUAACAGAUGACUUGUAUAUACAACAAAAAACAUGACAGUACAUUUUUUUAAAAUUUAUUUUUACAAUUUUUAGUUUAAUAUUAAUUAGAUGAUAUGGAAUUAUUUACACUAUUGGCGAGUUUUCACACUGUGAUAUAAUUAAUAUUAGUGAUUCUUGAUAUUUAGCGGCAAUUUUUUUUAUUGGUUGAUUUUAUAAAAGCUUAAACCAAAAAAUACAUUUUUAUGUUCCUGUAAAUGCUAGGUCCUUUCUGUUUAGUUCAUCAUUUUUUUUUUUUUUGUUAUUUAUUCAUACAUAGGCUCCUAUUUGUGCAUUUCUCUUCUUUUUCCCCAGUGCCUUUUUAGUUUAACGUUUUUAUUUACACUCAAAUGUAUUUGUAUCAUAUCUUUUUAACUGAAAUUAUUUUUUUCAUACUUUAUACUUAGACAAAAAAAAAGUUUUCUUCUUUUAUUUCAUUUUGAAUGUGAAGUGUUAGUUUCACGGAAAUCUAUUAAUGAUUCUGAAUUAAUAUUUAAAUCUCGUAAUUCCUUUUCCUUUGCAUUGAACUGUAAAAAAACAAUUUCACUGUAACAAAUAAAGAAGAGAAAAAGAUCCCAUCUCUCUCGUAAAAUAAAUUAUUCAAGCUGAAUGUGACAUAACUAUAGUUUCAAGUUCGAUUUAUAAUUCAAAGCUUCUUCAGUGUCAUGUUCUUCAUUAAAAGUCAUUUAUUUUUAAUGCAUUUAAUCAAAUUUUCAUGACUUCUAUCCAUAAACUUAAUUUGAUACUUUAAAUGGUUUUAAAAACAGCACAUUUCCAAAAAAAUUUCAUUCCCUUUAUAAUAUUAAUUUGACAAUCAAGAAUAAUUUGACUUCCAUGAAUAUACCAUGCUGUGUCUGAAAAUCAAACUUUCUAAAAACAUUACAUUUUUCUAUUUAUGUUGGCAAUCGUACUUUUGUAUAAAUUGUAAUUUGCACUGUACUUGUCAUUGUUUGUGCUCUUUUUCUGUGUUUUAUAGUGCAAACGAUUCACCCCCCAAAAGGUAUUUGUGUCUGUUUUAUUUAUAUUGUAAAUACUAAAAAAGAGAUGCUGUUAGUUUUUAUUUUAAGGUAUCUACCUACAUUAAUACAAUGUUUAAAAAUGUAGGGUUUAUUUUGCCCUGGAAAAAUUGUACAACUUAGAAAUAAAUAGUUGUUAAAAUUUAUUAUUAACAAGGAACAGUACUCAUAAAAGUAUUUUCAAAACAGUUUUAAUUUUUCAAAGGAAAAAGUUCUUGCAUUUAAUAAUAUUCGACCACUGUACUGGAUAUGUAGGAAAUUUUUAAUCUUAAACUACUUUUCAAAAUGUGUAUUGUAUUUUAUUUAAAUGGGUAUUUUAAUGUGGGUGGAUACCUUAAACUUCAACAUAUUGAUUCUGGUCAUUAUUUCGUUUUAUCGCUUUAAAAAAAAUAUUGAAGUUUUCAGUGAUACCUGUAUAAAAUGGGGAAAUUUAAAUUAUUCUUCAUGUAUAUAUUCUUGAAAUAGGUAUGUUACUACUUUAUUGUGUGUCAACCACAAUUGUAUAUUUUAUCUGUAAUUACAAUAAAAUUUUAUUUGAUUGAUA